AUGCUGCAGCUGUGUAAAGUCACCAGCGCUCUGUUCAUCAGUAAUGCUCGCUCAGCCUGCAGUGACGAGCUCAUCCAGCAGGAGGCGGUGACGCUCUGCAUCAACGUGUCCAAGCAGCAGCCGUUCCCCUCAUCCUCCGGCGUCACCAAGCUGCAGAUCCCCGUCUACGAUGACCCCAACGAGGACCUUUACAGCCACUUCGACCGCUGCGCCGACGCCAUCCAGAAGGAGGCGAAGCGCGGCGGACACAGCGUGGUCUACUGCAAGAACGGACGCAGCCGCUCGGCCACCAUCUGCAUCGCUUACCUGAUGAAACACCGCAAAAUGACGCUGAUAGAAGCCGUACAGAGAGUGAAGACGGCUCGUCAUGUGAUUGAUCCGAACCCCGGCUUCAUGACUCAGCUGCAGCGAUACGAGCAGGAGCUGAAGAAGAGACGAGGAGGAGGAAGAGAGGCCAACUGACACUGACUCAGGAUGUUUGAUUUCUUCACCCUGAAACCUUUUUUUGGCCGUCCUCACAGUGUCGAUGAGAAAACAGCUGACAGGUGAAUUAACACUGGACUCUCUCCUCUCUGUGCACCUUCACAUCACAGCUCCAGUCAGUUCUCACCUGAACUCUGUUUUCUCAUCUUUUAUUUUAUUUUCUGAGGUAAGAAUUAAAAAAAAAACAGGAUAAACAAACAUAGAAGUGAAGAUAAAAGUCCCCAGCAGACACUAAAGUCUUAAUGUUGCUUAUUUUACUGUGAAGAUGUUGAAAAGAAGAAUAGAUGACAGGGCGGUCACAGUGAUGAAGCAAUACAUCUCUGAGGCUCUCAAAAAAAACAAAAGAAUAUAUAAAAACUUUAUUUAUAUAUCGCUUUUCUUAACGUAAUCACAAAGUGCUUAAACAUAAAAAAACAUGAAGCAGUUAGCAGAAUAAUGCAGCGUAGAGUAAAAACUAGAUAACAGAGUAAAACAAUGUCCAGUUUUAAAAUACAGAAAACAUGCAUAUUAAAGCUCCAUUUAGAUAGACUGAACAUCACAGGAGGAGAGGAGAGGAAAUAAUUGAACUCAUGGUUCUGAAUGUCAUGUUAACCUAAUAACAGGAUCUAAUUUUGAAUAACUCAUCAUUCAUUUUGACGUAAAGUUCCCGAAAAUAUUAUUAUCUCUGAUGUCCAUCACCAAUAACUCCCAUAAAUCCACUUAAAACCAGA